AUUUCUUUUUACGCCCAGUUAAAAUCAACUUGGCAGCUUUGGAAUUUGGACUAAAAGUCCGUGUAAUUUUUCACCUGAGGAAUUCGUAUCACCUUUGGUUUGAUAAGAGAGCCGUUGGUCCUGUUUGCGAUGAGGAAGUUCUAACUUUGUCCAUGUGUGAGAUGGAUUUAUCUGAGCUGCUUUUCUCUCUAACUAUUGUGCUGUUAGUGAUCUCCAAGGUACAACCACAGCCUAAUAAUGAAGGUGAUCCGUGCCAGCCCUCUGUGUCCCGUACUACAGCCAGUCCCCAGGGCGUCAUGAUCAUUGGGAAGAGAUCGGUUGACGACCCCGGAACUCCACAUGAAAAUGUUAUAAACUGUACAACAACUGUAGCACGACAAACAACAAACACAAAAACUACUGUUGCCAUCGAAACCGCGCCAGCAAAAGCUUCUGACAGUUAUACUGAUAACUUAUCAACCGACGCAGGCCUGUCGUCAUCUGCGAGAACCCUCGAUACAACAAAUCACGUGACAAGUGAGUGGCUAGUCCAAGAAAAAACACCGAACGUCACAUCAACAGGCGAACAUUUACCAACAGAUAAUCAGUCAUCAACAUCAGGCCUAAUAACAUCAACCAACAGUUCCCGGACAACAACAGGACUAAUAUCAUCAACCAACAGUUCCCGGACAACAACACCAACCGACACUUCCCGGACAACAACUGUAUUGUACGCUCCACAGAGCACAGUAUUCACGGAGGGUGGAAAACACUCAUCGCCCAACAUUUCACCCACCUCAUUAACAACACCACAGACACCAGAGGCAAACACAUCUAUCCCAAUUACUCAGAAAAAAACACCAUUCCAGUCCUCCCAGUCUGCCACUCCCAGCGUGCCUCCAGCAGCGUCUAACGCCAUAACAACGCCUGCAGCGACCCCUAGGUCCACAACAUUCGUGGUGGAUGGGGCGAGCAAGGACACAUCGGACAGUUUUGACCACGAUUUGGCCAUUAUUUUUGGGUCAAUGUUAGGACUAAUGUUGCUGAGUCUGUUCUGUUUCGGUGUGUUUAGAUGUUAUAGGAGAGAAAAGAGUGAAUUUAACAAAUCACAAAAUAAUCUAUCCUCCAUUAAUCUAUAACAAAUCACAAAAUAAUCUCUCCUCCCUUAAUCUAUAACAAAUCACGAAAUAAUCUCUCCUCCCUUAAUCUACAACAAAUCACAAAAUAAUCUUUCCUCCCUUAAUCUAUAACAAAUCACAAAAUAAUCUCUCCUCCCUUAAUCUAUAACAAAUCACAAAAUAAUCUCUCCUCCCUUAAUCUAUAACAAAUCACGAAAUAAUCUCUCCUCCCUUAAUCUACAACAAAUCACAAAAUAAUCUUUCCUCCCUUAAUCUAUAACAAAUCACAAAAUAAUCUCUCCUCCCUUAAUCUAUAACAAAUCACAAAAUAAUCUCUCCUCCCUUAAUCUAUAACAAAUCACGAAAUAAUCUCUCCUCCCUUAAUCUACAACAAAUCACAAAAUAAUCUUUCCUCCCUUAAUCUAUAACAAAUCACAAAAUAAUCUCUCCUCCCUUAAUCUAUAAUAACAAAUCACAAAAUAAUCCCUCCUCCCUUAAUCUAUAACAAAUCACAAAAUAAUCUCCCCUCCCUUAAUCUAUAACAAAUCACAAAAUAAUCUUCCCUCCCUUAAUCUAUAACAAAUCACAAAAUAAUCUCUCCUCCCUUAAUCUAUAACAAAUCACAAAAUAAUCUCUCCUCCCUUAAUCUACAACAAAUCACAAAAUAAUCUCUCCUCCCUUAAUCUAUAAUAACAAAUCACAAAAUAAUCCCUCCUCCCUUAAUCUAUAACAAAUCACAAAAUAAUCUCCCCUCCCUUAAUCUAUAACAAAUCACAAAAUAAUCUUCCCUCCCUUAAUCUAUAACAAAUCACAAAAUAAUCUCUCCUCCCUUAAUCUAUAACAAAUCACGAAAUAAUCUCUCCUCCCUUAAUCUACAACAAAUCACAAAAUAAUCUCUCCUCCCUUAAUCUAUAAUAACAAAUCACAAAAUAAUCUCUCCUCCCUUAAUCUAUAACAAAUCACAAAAUAAUCUUCCCUCCCUUAAUCUAUAACAAAUCACAAAAUAAUCUCUCCUCCCUUAAUCUAUAACAAAUCACAAAAUAAUUUCUCCUCCCAUAAUCUAUAACAAAUCAUGAAAUAAUCUCCCCUCCCUUAAUCUGUAACAAAUCAAAAUAAUCCCCCUCUCUUAAUCUGUAGAUACAUGUAUAUAUAAACAGUUUAUAUGUCACAUGAUAGAACAGGGAGACUAUAACAAAUCACAAAAUAAUCUCCGCUCCCUUAAUAUGUAACAAAAUAAUCUCCGCUCCCUUAAUAUGUAACAAAAUAAUCUCCCCUCCCUUAAUAUGUAACAAAAUAAUCUCCCCUCCCUUAAUAUGUAACAAAAUAAUCUCCCCUCCCUUAAUAUGUAACAAAAUAAUCUCCCCUCCCUUAAUAUGUAACAAAAUAAUCUCCCCUCCCUUAAUAUGUAACAAAAUAAUCUCCCCUCCCUUAAUAUGUAACAAAAUAAUCUCCCCUCCCUUAAUAUGUAACAAAAUAAUCUCCCCUCCCUUAAUAUGUAACAAAAUAAUCUCCUCUCCCUUAAUAUGUAACAAAAUAAUCUCCCCUCCCUUAAUAUGUAACAAAAUAAUCUCCCCUCCCUUAAUAUGUAACAAAAUAAUCUCCCCUCCCUUAAUCUUUAACAAAAUACUCUCCUCUCCCCUAAUCUUUAACAAAACACAAAAUAAUCUCCCCUCCCUUAAUCUUUAACAAAACACAAAAAUGCCAUGCUCAUUAUAGCACAUUUCCUCCUAUGGGACAUAUCCCAUAUUAAGUUUAAAUAUGGGAGUUAAAAUCCAAUGGGAGAAUAUAUAUUUUCUCACAUGGGAUUUUUGGUGGGAGUGAAAAUCCUCCCAAGUGGGAGUAAAAAUCCCACCAAAAUCCCAUGGAAUUUUUUGAUUUCAGGUGAAAUAUCUUAAAAACUACAAUAGUUACAAGUGUAAAUGUUGGUGCAUGUCUUGUAAACAUAAAAUCCCAUCUUUUUUGUAAAAGGUUUUUAGUAUCCUUGAUAAAAUGGUUGGCGAAACUCUGGACGUGUCCAGAGUUAAAUGUCGCACUGUUAAAUGAUUUCCCUUCCCUUGAUCUGUAGAUUCACAGGCUGUUAUUAUUCCGGUGUCCUACUUCUAUAUGUUGUAUAUGGUAGUUUAAAUAUUGUUAUCUUAUGAAAUAAGAUAGAAAAAUAAUACAUAUUUAUAAUGAAGCAAGCUAUGCUAUAUGUAUGUAUAUUGUGUAACAAGCUUCACUGUGUAUGCAUUAUGUACAUUUGUAUGCACAUCUAACAUCAUCGACUAAAAGAAAACUAACUGGCAAUGAUGCAUGAGUGGGUGUUUCAGAAUUUUGUUUGCUUGGUUGGGGGCUGCAUCAAGAUACUUGGCCCCAUUUUUCGAAAAUGCAUGUACUGCCAGUGGCCUUCCACAUGCACCAUCAUCAUUGAUUCGUCAGUUUUAUCAUCUUCAUCACAUCGUCCUACAGACAAGUCGUCAAUCUGAUGAUACCCACUUACAAUGCUUUCAAAUAAAGAUGAAAUGUAAGGAAUGCUCUAAAUUCUGAUGAGAGAGAGAGAAGGGAAAAAGAAAGAAGGGGGAUAGAAAGAAUAAGGAAAGGAGAGAGAAGGGAAAGAGCAAGGAAAGAGAGAGGAGAAGGGAAAGAGAGAAUAGAAAGGAGAGAGAAAGAAAGGAGGGGAUAGAAAGAAUAAGGAAAGGAGAGAGAAGGGAAAGAGCAAGGAAAGAGAGAGGAGAAGGGAAAGGGAGAAUGGAAAGGAGAGAGAAGGAAAGGAGAAAGGAGGGGGAUAGAAAGAAUAGGCAAAAGAGAGAAAGACAGAGAGAGGGGGAAGAGAAAGGAGAAAGAGAAGGGAAGGAAAGAGGAGAGAGAGAAGAGAAAGAAAAAGGAGAGAGAGAGAGGAAAAAGGAGAGAGAAAGGAAGGAGAGAGAGAAGGGAAAUGAGAAAGGGGAAAGAAAAAGGAAGGGAAAGGAGAUAGAGAAGAGAAAGGAGAGAGAAGAGAAAGGGGAGAGAGAGAAGAGAAAGGAGAGAGAGAAGAGAAAGGAGAGAGAGAAGAGAAAGGAGAGAGAGAAGAGAAAGGAGAGAGAGAAGAGAAAGGAGAGAGAGAAGAGAAAGGAGAGAGAGAAAAGGAGAAAGAGAUAGAGAGGGAUAAAGGAGAGACAGAAAUAAGAUGGAGGGAUAGGAGAUAGAGAGAGAGAGAAAUAAAGCUUAGGAGAUCAAGAGAGAGAGAGAAAGGAGAUCGAGAGAGGAGAGUGAGAGAGAGAUAAAGGGGAUAGAGUGAAAUAAAGGGCUAGAGAAAAAGACAGAAAGGAUAGUGAUAUUUGUUCAGUAGAAGUGGAAGGAUGUGAUUCACUGAAUGGCAUGGUAUUGGGAUAUAAUUUAUGCAUAUCAGUCAUAAACAUUUAAUUGUUUCGUAAUUGCGAUCGGUAGGAAGUGCAGGCCAUGCAUGAAAAACGUGUAUUAUUCAGACUGUCAUCACUGAAGACAUUGUAUUAUUCCAAAAUGAUUGACCCCAUACAUUCCUCAUUGACAAUGAAUUAUACGAAACAAAAGACUGUUUCCAGUUAUGGUUCCAAUCUCAGUAUACAGAAAUGACAUGUACGGAGAGAGAUGACCCAACGGUUGAAGUUGGGAAUAAAAGUACAUAGCUAGAUGGGUGUGUCGGAGAUUCUGGGCUCCUUCAUCAAGAACCAAAAAUACUCAUUACAACUUCUAUAACUUAGGCCUACUGUUUUGUAACUUUAUCAUUUGAUAAGCUUAUCGUUUGGAUUUAACAUAUUUUAUUGUCUUGAAUGUGUGAAAUUUAAUAACACAAAAUGUGUUCCAAACUUUAAGUACAACGGAAUCAAAGGUCAGUAAGAUGAUCUUCUUACACAGAGCAGUCAGAUUAUAGCAAGAGAUAUAAUACAAAAUUACAAAGUACAGCUGCACAAGUCUAUCGUUAUUUUUCUUCAUUGUAAUUAACAAAUUAUUUCACUCUACUAUUUAAGAUAUUGAGUGUAUUUAAUCGAUCUACUGGGGAUUAUGCCAAGAUUUCAUGUUAUCAUUUUGUAAUUCGUGUAGAAUUUUUUUUUAAAUGCUCUAAGAGUAACCCCCACUUUUUUUUCGACCCCCUCUUUUAAAAGUGCUUCUAACGGUUCUGUUAAUUUAUCAGUUGCACUAUAUUCGACUCAUGAACUGGCAUGGCAAUGAGUGCAGAUUCAGUACGCAAACGUUGACGGAUUGGUUAUAGCCGGAAAGGGGGGGGGGGGUAUGUGUAGAUCCAUUAUAUAUUUAAAACGGCAUGUGAAAGACAAUUAGAUUCAUAGAUUGUUCUGUCGACAUCAAUUUGGAGAAAAAAAUGCUACACCUUUGGAAGCAUAUAUGAUAACGAUGGACGAGGAACAAAUGGCGAUCUACUAGUGUUCUUCUGGGCUCGCGCUUUGACAAAUCGCGCACACUGAAGCUACGUGUACAUGAAAGGUGAAGAUAACGAACAUUGAUCAAUCUCAUGACUCCCAUAAAGAAUACAAAGUAACGAGUUGGGCAAGCACGAACCCCUGGAUAUACCAGAGUUGGGAUCGGAAAAACAUAUAUAUAUAUAUAUAUAUAUAUAUUACAUUUUUACAAUAUUGAUUGACUAUAUCUAGUUCGGUUUAAUAGUCUGAGUGUUAAUUUCUAUGUUAUUGUAUGUAAUUUGUAGAACGCUGUGAAUUUCCGUAAACACAUGCUGUUAUGAUUAAUUACUUCCGUACUUACAGUUUCAUUUUUCAUCUAGUUGACACCUGUUAAUUAUAAUUGGGACUUAUGGAAUCCACAAGCACGAGGAAGAACCGUACAUAUACAACGUGCAAACUUGUAAGAGUUAUCUUCCUUUAUAUUGCCAUCCUAACUUGCAUAAACUGCAGAACUGUAGCUCUCUGGAAAAAAAACCCACUGGGACUCUGAACUGUCCCAAUAUUUUUUUCAGAAAGCUAAAGUUCUGAAGCUAAACUUGCAUAGAAUGUCAAUUUAUCUUUAAUGUAAAAUUAUAUCACAUUUUAUCUUGUAAAAAUAAAUUAAUUUCAUGGCAAUAUUCAAAUUCUGAGGACUGCAAGUGUACAGUGUGUCGUGGAAAUAAAAUUCUUUGAAUUAAUAUUGUGUCAGAUUUUCUUCCACGUUUUUAUUCCAUAUACAUAUAUUCCAUUGUUUUGCUCGAUUGUACUUAUAAAUUCAUAUACUGUU